AUGCGCGAAUUUCGCGAUAUUUUCAUGGAGGAAUUCGGGAUUUUGCCAAUUUUAGAGAGUGGAACAUUAUUGGGAUGGUAUAGGGAAUGCGGAAUCAUUCCGCAUACCAAGGAUAUCGAUUUUAUCGCGCGGAAAAGUGAUCUACCCAAGGUGAGCGCUCUUUUCAUCGAAAUUUUCGGCAGGAAGAAAAAAGAUGGGCGUGGCAGAGUGGUUAGCACGCGCGUCUUUUGGUCAAGCAUCGCAGGUUCGAUUCCCCUCGCCUGCACAACUUUUUUUCUUUUUGUAUUUUUGGCUUCAAAAAAUCACAUUUUCUAGGACUUUAUGCAAAAAUUCGCAAAAUUCGGAAAUUUCACCAUAGCCAGAAGAUUGGGAACAAUUGAAGAACCUUUAAUAAUCUCAUUUUAUGCCAACAAAAAAGUCGGAAUUGAUCUAUGGAUUCUCUACGAGCCUAAAACCGGGCCUGGCCCCUAUAUUGCAAUCGCAGCCCAACAAAAACUCAAGAACAAGCCCGUCACACCUUCAAUAUACAAAUUUCAAUAUAUGUCCUCAAUAAUCGCAAGUUUCCCGCUCGAAUUUUGUUCGGCUGAUCUUUUUGGCGCGAUUUUUUGGGUUCCUUGCAAUUCUUUGGAUGUUUUAAGACAAGAAUAUGGUGAUUUUUGGUAUAAAGAUCAUCUUUCAAAGGAUUAUGUAUGGUAUAAGGAUGCAAAGAAUAUUAUUGAGAUUCAGAAAAUUCAAGAAAAUCCCAAAGAUUACUUUUAUAACGUAUAG